AAUAAAAUGGAUAGAUGAAAUGAUUUGAAAAUUUAUUUAAAAUUUAAUGUUUGAGAAAGAAGUCGUGAUUGAUGGCAAGGGCCAUUUGUUAGGUAGAUUGGCUUCUUAUAUUGCCAAGGAGUUAUAAAGAGGCUAAAGGAUUGUUGUAGUCAGAACUGAAUUGAUUUAACAAUCAGGUAUAAAGUUGUUACUAUAACAGGUUCACUUUUCAGAAAUAGAGUCAUCUUUGAAGAGUAUCUUAAUAAAAGAAUGGCAUUCAAUCCAAGAAGAGGAUACAAACAUUAUAGAACUCCAUCACGAUGUUUUUGGAAAGUAGUCAGAGGAAUGCUUCAAUAUAAAUCAAAAAGAGGAGCCGCUGCUUUAGAAAGAUUAAAGGUCUUUGAAGGUGUACCACCUCCAUAUGAUACAAGAAAGAGAUAAGUUGUUCCAGAUGCUCUCAAAUUGAUUAGACUCAAGAAUCAUAGACCUUUCUGUUCUUUAGGAAAUUUAUGUGCCUCAGUUGGAUGGAAUUCAUAAACUGUUGUUAACAGACUUGAAGAAAAAAGAAAGCAAAGGUAUCGUGCAUUUUUAACACUUCAAUUAGAGGUGCUGCCUAUUACAAGAGAAAGAUUACCAGAGAAAAUCUUAGAAGAAAGGCCAUUGGAGCUAAAGAACUUGCUACAAUCAACUCAGAGUUAGAGAAGUUAGGCUAUUGAAAUAAUAUAAUAAAAUCAUGUACAUUUAAUCUUUA